AUGUUAAUAUUUGCCAGUUCUGAACAAUUAGAUAUUUUACAAUCAUGUGAUGAUUUUCUUGUCGAUGGUACAUUUAAAGUUGUUCCUGAGAUCUUUUAUCAAUUAUAUGUUGUACAUGCCAUCUAUCGUGGACAUGUUGUACCAGUUAUCUAUUCAUUACUCAGUCGUAAAAAUAGUGAUACAUAUCAACGUCUUAUAAAUGAAAUAGUAGAAUUUGCUCCAUGCUGGUUUCCUGGUUCUAUUUUACUUGAUUUCGAAAAGGCAUGUAUUAAUGUAUAUGACAGUAGUUUUGUUAAUAUAUCAUUAUCUGGUUGUUAUUUCCAUUUUCGUCAAAAUCUUCAUCGACAACUUCAGGCAUUAGGUUAUCAGAAUCGUUAUCAAGAAGAUAUUAAAUUUGCUCAUAAUAUUAAUAAAAUAGCUGCGUUAGCUUUUAUUCCACCUUGUGAUGUAUUACAAGCAUAUUCACGUCUUGCAUUAGAUCUUGAUGAUGAUUACCAAGAUAUUUUAAAUUAUUUUGAAGAUACAUACAAAAAUUUAAUGGAUAAACUGUAA